UUGCACCAAAUUUGAAGCAUUUUCACUUUUUUUGUAACUCUUGAAGAACUUCCCUUGCACUCACCCUCAUUUGUCUCCCUUCUCCAUCGCCUCCGCAAAAUCAAAUACGUAAGGAUAUUUCGGCCCAACGUCAAAAUUUUCAGUCCGUCAUCUCUGUCCCCACAUAAAAUUCCUCGUGUUUCCUUUGUGAAGAAUAAUGUGAUAUCAUGUCUUGCUGUGCACGCUGCGGUCAAGGUAUAUGUUCGACUGCAGGCAAGAUCGCCCUGAACAAGGUCUGGCAUAAGGGUUGCUUCUGCUGCUAUAACUGCAAUAGGCCUCUACACAUUAACUCAGCGAGGAUAUAUUACGGCGAAGUUUUCUGUACGCAUUGCUGCCCGGAAGACCAAGAAAUCUGCCCUUUGAAGUUGUGCCGGGUAAAUUCUACGCCGAGUUUCAACCCUGAGUGUCCUAAUAGGAUGAUGAAGCCAGUUUGCUGCAAUUCGAGCGAAUCGGGCUGCUGCCGCCCCCGUGACGUCCACUCCUGCAGCUGCAUCCCCGCCUGCUGCGUGCGCCAGUGCAACCCCUACGACUGUCGCGACUGCUGCAACCACUGCGAAGAAAGCUGCUUCAAGCGCAUCCACUGCCGCCCCCGAUCGCCCAAACCCAUGAACUACCCGCCCCGUCAGCGCUUCGUGCGAUGCCCCUGCCAGAAAUGCUGCCCUCGAAGCCCCAAAAGGAGACCCUGCCCCGACCCUUGCCCCCCUGUUCGCAGGAAACCCUGCAAGGUCUCGCCUUGCUGCGAGGGCAACAAGAAAAUGAUCUUCUUUCAGCCGUGUCCGCCAACGACGCGGUGUCUAAAUCCUUGUGGAAGUCCUUGCGGAAGUCCCUGCGGAAAUCCUUGUGGCAGUCCUUGCGGCAAUCCUUGCAACGGCUGCGGCUGCAAGUACUGCUGUGUUGAGAGGUGCAAGAGGUGCGGGGAGAAGGUGUUCGCCGCCGAGAAGGUGCCGACUUCGCAUGGGGCGUACCAUUUGGGGUGUUUUUCGUGCUACUGUUGCUGCAAGUCGUUGUGUAUGAAGUCCAUGUAUGAGGCGUGUGGAGAGAUCUAUUGCAAGCAAUGCUACAACAACUACUUCGGCGUGAGCGGCUACAGAUACUGCUGUUGACUUCAUUUCACCCCCGUCCCGUCCAUCCCAAUAAACUGCCAAAAAAGCAACAAAUUCUCUUUUUUUCUUCACUCGUACGGUGGGCGUUCCCAAAAAAUGAUGAAUCGUCCCAAUUUUUACGUCGGACCCCAGCGCGC